GGCUGUGGCCGGGCCGGAGUGGGUGUCGCGCUCGCAGCCGCUGCGUGCGGUGCGGUGCGGGGCGGGGGCGUCGGGGGGCUGCGGCGCAGCGGGACCAUGGAGCUCAGAGCACAGCCCCGGAGCCAGAGGCGAGAUCGCGGACCGUUUUAAUUUUGAUUGCUGUUACUACUGUGAUAUCUAAGCCAAAGUGGUGAUGCUGUCUGAGGGAAAUCUCUGCAACCGAUAGUCAACAACUACAUGAUCGUGAGCCAUGCCUUUAGUGAAGAGGAACAUUGAACCCCGGCACUUGUGCCGGGGAGCUCUACCCGAAGGAAUUACCAGUGAACUUGAGUGUGUAACCAAUAGUACUCUUUCCGCAAUCAUACGCCAGCUAAGCAGUCUCAGCAAACAUGCUGAAGACAUUUUUGGUGAGUUAUUUAAUGAGGCUAAUAACUUCUACAUCAGAGCAAAUUCUCUUCAAGACAGAAUUGAUCGCCUCGCUGUCAAAGUCACACAGCUGGAUUCCACAGUGGAAGAGGUGUCACUACAAGAUAUCAACAUGAAAAAAGCUUUCAAAAGUUCCACCAUCCAAGACCAGCAGGUGGUUUCAAAGAACAGCAUUCCUAAUCCUGUUGCUGACAUUUACAACCAGAGUGAUAAACCGCCUCCUCUGAACAUCCUGACCCCUUACAGAGAUGAUAAGAAGGAUGGGCUGAAGUUCUAUACUGAUCCUUCCUAUUUCUUUGACCUCUGGAAAGAAAAAAUGCUACAGGACACAGAAGACAAAAGGAAAGAGAAACGACGUCAAAAGGAGCAAAAACGUAUAGAUGGCGCCACCCGUGAGGUGAAAAAGGUUAGAAAAGCCAGAAACAGGCGCCAGGAGUGGAACAUGAUGGCCUAUGACAAAGAGCUUAGACCCGACCACAGGUUCUCUCAGAGUGUGCACCACGGAGCGUCUUCCGAGGGAUCCCUGUCCCCAGACACUAGGUCCCAUGCUUCAGAUGUUACGGAUUACUCUUACCCGGCUACCCCCAACCAUUCUCUGCACCCCCAGCCGGUGACCCCUUCCUAUCCUACUGGCGAUGUACCACCGCAUGGGGCUGCAAACCAGGCCCCUGAGCACGAGUACCGGCCCACAUCUGCCUCGUCGAGGCACAUGGCCCUAAAUAGACCUCAACAGCCGCCGCCACCACCACCACCUCCUCCCCAGGCCCCCGAGGGGUCUCAGGCCUCUGCACCAAUGGCUCCAGCAGAUUAUGGGAUGCUUCCAGCACAGAUAAUUGAAUAUUACAACCCUUCAGGACCACCACCUCCUCCCCCUCCACCCAUGAUUCCUUCAGCCCAAACUGCUUUUGUCAGCCCUCUCCAGAUCCCUGCACAACCUUCCUUUCCUGCAUCAGCUGGCUCCACGUACUCGACUGCUCCUCACCCCCCCUCUGCUGGGCUCCUGGUCACAGCGCCCCCUCCCCCAGGCCCUCCCCCACCCCCCCCAGGCCCUCCUGGCCCUGUCUCUUCUCUUUCAUCCUCCCCAAUGCAUGGACCCCCUGUUGCCGAGGCAAAACGUCCAGAGCCUGCACAGCCACCCAUAAGUGAUGCUCGAAGUGACCUCCUUGCUGCCAUUCGGAUGGGAAUCCAGCUGAAAAAGGUGCAGGAGCAGCGUGAGCAGGAAGCCAAGCGGGAGCCCGUUGGGAACGAUGUGGCCACGAUCCUAUCCAGACGCAUUGCUGUGGAGUACAGCGACUCUGAUGACGACUCUGAAUUCGAUGAGAACGACUGGUCCGACUGAGACUGUGCAGGGCGAGCGGCAGAGGACAGCAGGACACUGUGGAAGUGUACUGGGGAUUUCAAGUGGUCUCAGCACCCAGAUAGUGGUAUUAUAAUCCUGUAGCUUAGCACCUUUUGUAUUAAUAAUGUGAUCUUGCUUCUGCACAUCCAAGAAUUCUGGGUUUUUCAGUAUUUACUGUGUAAUACUUAAGUGCCACUAAACAUAGCACAUCAUGCUGCACAUGAGGAGAUAUGCCGUAACUAUUGCAUUGUCCGGAAAACAGCAUCUUGCUUCCCUUUUGGCUGUAAAAGUAUUUACUUUACUCUACUGAUCAUUAUGAUUCUGUAGACUUACUGUGUGUUUGUGAAGCUGCCUGGUGUUAGGUCCUUGCAAGAUUAAUGACUGUGUCAGAGUGAUGUCUUCCGAUCAGUCAGUGAUACUGUUUUACCUUUCUUUUUUCUUCUUUAUUACAAUGUGUUUCAGAAGAAAUUGGUUCUAAAGGGAAGGGUUUAACAGAUCAGGAGAAUCAAAUGUUCAUGCACUCAGUUUCUUGGCUUGGUCACCUCUGAGUGAAUUUGAAUGCUUGGUUGAAUAAUUUCCUUGCCUUUGCACUCACUCAUCAAAUAUCAAUUUGGAAGAGCCCUUUUCAGGUAGGUUUCCCUGUGGACAUUCAGUUCACUUAGUAAAUACUUGUUGGUGAUUUUUGUGAGCUUUCAGCAACUCAGUAGUAAUGUAAAUGAGAACAAGGUCCUUUCCCCUUCAGGGCCAUUGCAGUGCCGCUUACAAUAUUGGCCAGACCUGAUGGCUUGGGCAGCAGCCAGCCAGAACAGAUGCAGGCUGUGUGGGGGCUGUGGCACCCAGCUGGGCAGAGUGGCAUUACGGGCCCUGGGUGCAGAGGAGCCCGCUCCACUAGGUCCAAAUUACAGAAGCUUAGGUUUAGGUGAAAGAUGAUAGCUCUGCUCUUUUCACAGUGCUGUGGCCAGACCAGGGGUCAGCCCUGUGAGCAGGGCCUUCCCUCCAUCCUAGAAGCAUAUGCCUCUCAUCUCUCGUAUUGUUGGCACAUUGCAUUUUAAAUGUACCUCAGCAGAUGACCCUGUUUCAACCUGUAUCUGUGGCUAAGCACCUUGCUUUCACCUCUUCUGCCCUGUUUUUCUUGCCACGUGGUGAUCCCACAGACCCCCUCAGGCAGACCAGGGAAUAAAGAAGCACACCUUCUGCUUUGUAAUUCUGGAUGGAAGGUAACUGCUUGUUUAGAGAAAGUAAUUGCCCAGGCUUGGACUGCAGAUAGGAGAUUGAAGUGUGCUGAGGCACAUCAUUUGGUGAGAAGUGCCUAACCAGCCUGCAGUGUUGCCAGUGGAUGCAGGUCUAGGAAUCUCCUGUGAGCUCCAGCAGACUGGGUUAAUGUCAGCAGGACAGUAGGGAGAGUUCUGGGGAGACCAGCCAGCUGCCCAUGCCUCACCCCUGUGUGUCUCUACAUGGACACCUGUUGACUUGGGGUGUCUGUUUAGGCACCCUCCUGUGUGCUGGACUCUAGUCACUAGAUUUGAAACUAAAAAGCUCAAUGUCUGCAUUCUCUUCCAAGAGUCUAUUUGGCCAUAUCUGAGCCUUCUCUGCUCCGCCUGCUGCCAGCACCUGCCCCCCUGAGCACCUCGCUCUGGAGCUGGUCACCACUGAGCUGUCACUAUAAUUUCCUUGAAUAUUGUUAUUAGUAAACUUAAAUCUCUCUCUCUUUCUUCCAAUGUGGAGACCUGGUAUGUUGGCAUUAUUCUUGGGUCUCUGACCAUUUUCAGUCUUAUUUUCUCCUUAGUAUAAUAGUUGGCCUUUGUAUUACUUUUAUGUCAGGAGUGCCCUGAAUAAUUUUAGGGCUCAUUUAGCAGCACUUCUUUGUUUUGUGUGGCCCUUUGUUCUCAGGAUGAAGGGAACACAUUAAAACUACUGUCUAUGUCAGGAUUUCUUCUAUUUAUAUCCUAUUACAGUAAAAUUAGCGGCACUUUAUCAUAAAUAUUCAUAAGCCUGUUAAUUACUAGUUGUCCUUUUGUUUAAUCAACAAGUUAUAUUUAAUUUAAUUUUAUGACUAGUGAGAAAGCUCUGCCCUGUUUUUUCUGUAACCUUUAAUAUAGUGGGAAAUAACAAAUUUAAAUUAUUUUUAGAGUAUCUUUUCAACAAAUUUGAUUUAGUCUAAAAUUUUAAAUUCAGAUCUAGCAUGAUAUUCCAUGAACAAAGUGAAAUCUGAAUUUUCAGUUUUCAUUUUCGAAAAGUAUUUACCAAAACAAAUGGAGAAAAUCAUUUAGCAGCACAUUUCACUUCAUAAAUUCCAGGUUUUAAACACAAUUAUAAAUUAUUCCCAAUUUUACUUCUUGUGUAUAUUUUAGUUGGCUGUCUUACAAGCUUUUUUCUCACGGUGUAGACCCAGACAGAAGGAUGGAAAGAUGACUGAGUCCAUGCAUUGCUACACAAGUACCGUGGGGCUUAGCCAAAGGCAAAUGAUUGUGCAUUGUUAGCCCCAACCGUGAGAUUUGGUAGCUCAUGUUCUUACUAAGGAUACUACUAGAGAAUUAAUGUUUUCAUUUCAGUAAAUUUUUAGCAACAUCAGCAUCUUUUAUGAGUACCAAGUGUCUAGGUUAUAAAAGUUUUAUAAUAAUUUGCAACUGAAAUACAUGAUACAUUUUAAUCCAUUAAAGAUUAGUGGGAAUGUAUCAACCAGAGAAGCAAAUAAUUUUUGUUUUAUAAAGUAGAGUAUCUGUCAUCUUGCAGUAUUAUCAAUGCUAUUGUAAAUUGAAAGUAGUAUUAAAACUUCUGUCAAACAAUUUUUAUCUGUUUGUAUAUCUCACUAUAGAUUAUGUACAAGUAACAUCUAAAUAAAAUCACACUUUUAACCUUAAAA